AUGAAUUCAAAAUUAUCAUUGGCUUCAACUGUUACGAUGAAUGAUGGUCAUAAAAUUCCGCUUCUAGGCAUAGGUAUGGGUGGAAUGAUGGGCGAAAACGAAGUACAACCACUUGGUGAGAUCGCACAAAAUGUCAUCUUAUGGGCUCUUGAGGCCGGAUAUAGGCUUAUAGAUACUGCAACUAUGUACGGUAACGAGGAAGAUAUUGGAAUUGGUAUUAUCAAAAGUGGAAUUCCACGAGACCAAAUCUUUAUUACUAUAAAAAUUCAGAACGAAGACUCAGGUGAAGGUUACGAACUAACCCUUAAAGCUGCUGAUUCUUCUCUAUCAAAACUUCAGACUUCUUACAUCGACUUAUUGCUUUUACAUACUCCUAAAUGUGGUCCUCAAAAACGAGCUGAAAGUUAUAGGGCUUUACAAGAAUUAGUUAAACAAGGAAAAGUUAGAAGUAUCGGGGUUUCAAAUUUUGAAGUAAAACAUUUAAAGGGGUUAAUCGAUAAUAAUCCUGAAAUUAUACCUGCUGUUAAUCAAAUAGAGGUUCAUCCUUGGAAUACUCGAAAUGAUAUUGUAGCUUAUUGUGCUAAACAUAACAUUGUAGUGGAGGCUUAUGCUCCACUUGCUAAAGGAAAAAGAUUAAAUGAUCAUGUUAUUAUUGAAAUUGCUGAGAAAUAUAAUAAGUCUGCUGCCCAAAUUUUGAUUCGUUGGUGCCUCCAAAAUAACUUUAUUCCAUUGCCAAAAAGUGUAAAUAAAGAACAUAUAAUUGACAAUACUAAGGUGUUCGAUUUCGAAAUUGAAAAAGAAGACAUGAUAACUCUUGGAAGUCUAGAUGAGCAUUUUAUUGUUAAUGGAUGGGAUCCAGCUGAUUUUGAUUAA